CUGACACCUUUCUGAGUUUCGUUCCACACAACAGAGAGGCCCUUCACGGUAGUAAUAUAGCAUAUUUUACUGAUAUAUUAGCUUCCAAUGUGCCCAUCACCCAUGAGUGAUUACAUUAGAUUUCAAAUUAGACAGAUAUCUCCAGUUAUUUGAACAUACAUGAUACAAUAGAGUUCAGUUUGAGUUGGAAUUUGGAACUUCUUUAAAGUUAAUCUUAUUCUUGUGUUAGGUAAGAUAAUUGUUUGUUUUUGGAUGGAUGUUGCUGGGCAAAUGAAUUACAAACAGUCAUAUGAAUGAGUGUAUUCUCAAGAAGUAGCAAAGUAGUUAGUGUGCAUUGCUGGGUCGCUUUGACUCAACAGCAAUAUCCAUUCUUCAAGCAAGUCAGAUUUAUAUCCAGAGCAAGGAAGAAAAGAAAAGGAUUUUUGGCAAAUAUGGCGCGCCGAGAGCAGCCGCAGUGGGCGCCGCCAGAGGGCACUGCCACCCCUCAGCUGCACCUGUUCAACAGUCUGAGCCGGCGCAAGGAGCUGUUUGUGCCGCAGGCUGGCCGCCGGGUACUCUGGUACAGCUGCGGGCCCACCGUCUACGACGCCUCGCACAUGGGACACGCCAGGUCGUACAUCUCGUUCGAUAUCCUGCGUCGCGUCAUGACCGACUACUUCGGCUACGACGUCACCUACGUGAUGAACGUGACGGAUGUGGACGACAAGAUAAUCCGGCGCGCGCGCCACCAGCACCUGCUGGCCCAGUACGCCGAGCGCACCGGCGACCUCAAACAGAUGGUGGACGACUGCUCCGAGGCGCUCAAGAUAUACGCCGAGAAGGCUGCCGCUGAGCGAGACACCGACAAGCGAGGCAUGCAGCGCCGCCUGGUGGACAGACUCACAGCGGCCAUCGACAAGGUGGAGGCCGCUGUCAAACAGGGCGGGGACCUGGCUGAGGCGAGACAGCUGUUGCUCUCGGAGGCCAGUGACCCUCUGGCCGAGUGGCUGGACCGCCGGCUCGGUCACACCGUCACCGAUAACUCCAUCUUCGCCGAUCUGCCGCGCCACUGGGAGGGAGAGUUCCACGCUGACAUGGAGGCCCUCAACGUGCUGCCGGCCAACGUGGUCACCCGUGUCAGCGAGUACGUUCCCGAAAUCGUCGACUACAUCCAGAAAAUCAUCGACAACGGCAUGGCGUACGAGUCGCAAGGCUCGGUGUACUUUGACGUGGGCAAGUUUGACGCGGCCGAGAACCACCACUACGCCAAACUGGUGCCCGAGGCGUACGGAGACAGUGCUGCGCUCCAGGAGGGCGAGGGUGACCUGAGCGUCUCGGAGGACCGUCUGAAGGAGAAACGCUCGCCGAACGACUUUGCGCUGUGGAAGGCGUCCAAGGCGGGUGAGCCGAGCUGGCCGUCGCCAUGGGGCGCCGGCCGGCCCGGCUGGCACAUCGAGUGCUCCGUCAUGGCGUCGGCUAUAGUGGGCGCCAGCAUGGAUAUCCACACGGGCGGAUACGACCUCAAGUUCCCGCACCACGACAACGAGCUGGCGCAGGCUGAGGCGUACUUCAACAACGACAACUGGGUACGCUACUUCCUGCACUCUGGUCACCUCACCAUCGCUGGCUGCAAGAUGUCCAAGUCGCUGAAGAAUUUUGUCACCAUCAAGGAGGCGCUGAAGCGACACUCGGCGCGCCAGCUGCGGCUCGUUUUUCUCAUGCACGCCUGGAAGGACACGCUCGACUACAGCGAACAGACCAUGGACGUCGCCAAAAACUUCGAGAAGGCCGUCAAUGAGUUUUUCCUGUACGUGAAGUCGGUGCUGCGUACUGCGCCAACCGGGGUGGACUUCUUCCAGAAGUGGGGUGAUCGGGAGUUGGCUCUGAACGCUACACUCAGCCAGAUCCGCACCGACGUCCACGAGGCGCUGUGCGACAACAUCGACACACGUUCCUGCCUGGAGGCCCUGCGUGACCUGGUCUCCGCCUGCAACACGUAUGUGGACGAGUCGCGAACGGCCGGCGGCGUGGCCAACCGACAACUGCUCGCCGACGCCGCCCAGUACGUCACGCGCAUGCUGAAGGUGUUCGGUGCCAUCCCGGCCGGCGGGCCGGCCAUCGGAUUCCCGCUGGAGGGCGACACCACCACUGACGUGGAGUCGCUGGUGAUGCCCUACCUCACCGUGCUGGGCAAGUUCCGCGAGCGGGUGCGUCAGACUGCCCGCGAGCACCAGGUGCCCGCUGUGCUGCAGGAGUGUGACCGGGUGCGGGACGAGGACCUCACAGAGCUUGGCGUCAGACUGGAGGACAGAGAUGGCGAGGUGGUGCUGAAGCUGGUGGGCCGCGAGGCGCUGCUCAAAGAGCGUGAGGAGAAGGCCCGUCAGGAGCAGCUGAAGCGCCUGGAGAAGGAGCGGCGCCGCCUGGAGCAGAUGAGGGUCGAGGCCGAGCGGGAGGCGCAGCGGCGAGUGCCGCCGCACCAGAUGUUCAGAAAUGACACCGACAAGUACUCCCAGUGGGACGACAAGGGUAUGCCGACUCACGACAAGGAGGGAAAGGAAGUCAGCAAAGGUCAGUUGAAGAAGCUCCUGAAGCUCUACCAGGCACAAGAAAAGAAAUAUAAUGAGUUCCUGGCCUCCCAAAACGCAAAAGAGUCGUAACCUAUAGCAUAUGUUGAAGUGUUAGGAAAGUUUGUUUUGGGAACAAAACGUUUUUAUGAGGGUGCAGAUUUAACUGAUCUGAAACUAAAAUCUAGGUUGACGAUACAUUUAUUUGGAAUUAAUUUAUAAGCCGUUGCAACGUUUUCCUAUUGUGUUGGGUGCUGGUGAAACCCCCACAUGUGGGGCCCACGGUUGUGCGCGCUUCGGUCACAUCGCUAGUUGUUACUACCGUUUGCUUUAAUUUGAGCGUGACCUCAAAUGUCGGGCUGAGCUUCCGCGGGGGUGGGUUGGCAGAUCGCCUGUCCGUGCCGAUUUGUGGCCGUUGUGACCGUGCCUUUUGCAUGGUGGAAUACACGCCUGCGGAAGUCUA